UGGAGCGGGCAAGCGUCUCGGCUGAGCGCCGCCCGCGCUCCCGGAGGCGCAAGCGCCGGGCGAAAGGCACUCUGCACAUGUCCGGAGGUCGCCCUGUGCUCUCGCUGAGCCUUGAUUCGCGUUUUCCUGACAGGCGCUUCCGUCCCAAGGAGGGGCGGCCGCAGGCCCCGGCCCAGCCUGAGCGACAGCCGACCAUGCGGUGUGUCUCACUGGGAACCGCUUCCACGCCAUUCCGGGGCGCUGAUCUUCCAGUAGGACGGCUGUCGCGAUGUGCCCAAAGAGAGCCGGGUGUCGGGCCCUAAAAACAGAGAAAUAAAAUAGUUCAGUCUUUCAUUACCCCGCAUUUGGGGAGCGAGUGGAGGGGGGUUGUGGUUCUCCAGAGGGAGGAAAGGGGCCCUUCCCGCUUCAUCCUGAUUUGUCUUUCACCACUUGUGCUGCAGCUGAAUGCGAGCCUUCAAUGGUGUUCUGUUUCCAGAUGUGGGGUCCUAUUCCUGCGGACGCCAAGGCACUCUGAACCUGCUCAGAGGCAAUCUCAUUUUAUGGUGCUCUCCAGUUGCUGUGGGACUUGCAAAAGGGAACUGACACCCAGGUGGACUGGGGCUUUCUCUUUGGCUUAUGAGGACUUAGCACAAGACAAUGGGAGAGGCACUCUACACUUGCUCAGAGGCACCCUUGACUUAUUGUUUAGCUGGUCUGAAUCUCUCUCUCUCUCUCUCUGUGCAUGUGCGUGUGGUUUGCUCUGCAGGGUUCCAGCUUCCACAGCUCCCGGAGGCAGCGCUAUGGCGCUGUGUUCAAGACGCACCUGCUGGGCAAGCCAGUGAUCCGGGUGAGUGGUGCUGAGAAUGUGCGCAAGAUUCUGCUAGGUGAGCACAGCCUGGUGAGCGCCCAGUGGCCAGUCAGCACCCAGAUCCUGCUAGGUGAGCACACUCUCCUCAACGCCAGCACUGACACACACCGGCAACGCAGGAAGAUCUUGACCCGAGUGUUCAGCCGUGCUGCCCUGGAGGCCUAUCUGCCUCGUAUUCAGAGAGUUGUGAGCUGGGAGCUGCAGGGCUGGUGCCAGGCACCUGGCCCCAUCGCAGUCUAUGCUUCUGCAAAGACCUUGACUUUCCGUAUUGCAGCUCAGAUCCUGCUGGGGCUCAGGCUGGAUGAGAAGACUUUUCAGGAGCUGGCACAAACCUUUGAGCAGCUGAUGGAGAAUCUCUUCUCUUUGCCACUUAACAUCCCCUUCAGUGGUUUGCGGAAGGGAAUCAAGGCCCGGGAUCUUUUACAUGAGUACAUGGAAAAAGCUAUUAUGGAGAAACUGCAGUGGAAGAAUCCAGAAGCUCCUAGCGAUGGUCUGGAUUUCAUCAUCAGCAGUGCCAAGGAGCAUGGCAAAGAAUUCACCAUGCAGGAGCUGAAGGAGUCUGCAAUUGAGCUGAUCUUUGCAGCUUUCUUCACCACUGCCAGUGCUAGUACUUCCAUGAUUCUCUUGCUAUUGAAACAUCCCUUGGUCAUAAAAAAGAUCCAGCAGGAGCUGGCAUCCCAUGAGCUCACCAGACUGUGCUGCUGCUUUGCCACUAAGGAACCUCUGACAUGCCGUCAGCUUGGACAACAGACCUUGAAUAUCCUGAAUAUCCAUGGAAAUGAAAAGAAGGACGGGGAUUCCAAGCUGUCCCUUGCAUCCAGAAUGGAAGGAGAACUAUUCAGAGAGACAAACAAGGAAGGGAGAAGCCCCAACUUGCAUCUGAUUGUUAGACCAUCACAGGAAGCCAUCUGUGGUGGGACUAUAAACUAUCCUCACUCUGAGCUUAGACAAGAUGAAGCAGGCAGGCUCCUCAGCAGCCUGGAAAGACCUGAGUGCUAUUGCCAGCCUAACUUGACCUUGGAAAAGAUGAGCCGCCUGCGCUACUUGGAUUGUGUCAUCAAGGAAGUGCUGCGUUUGCUGCCCCCGGUGUCCGGUGGUUAUAGGACAGCCUUACAAACCUUUGAGCUAAAUGGCUACCAGAUUCCCAAGGGCUGGAGCGUGAUGUACAGUAUUCGGGACACCCAUGAGACCACCAGCAUCUACCAGAGUCCUCCAGAUAGCUUUGAUCCUGAGAGGUUUUGGACAUCACAGGAAGGACAGGAGGAACACAAGGUGGCCGGCUCAACUCGCUUUCAUUACAUUCCCUUUGGUGGGGGAGUCCGUAAUUGUAUUGGCAAAGAACUGGCCCAGACUAUCCUCAAGUUGCUGGCCAUUGAACUGGUCAGCACAGCUCACUGGGAACUGGCUACAGUCCACUUCCCGAAGAUGCAAACUGUGCCUAUUGUGCACCCCGUGGAUGGCCUGCAGCUCUAUUUUCAUCCUCUGAAGCCUGGAAGAAAAAGCAACAAGGCAAACACUUGAGAAGCAUCAGCAGCUCUACUAUGUCCUAGGAAAGUGAUAGGAUGGGUCUCUGGAGCAAAAUACCUGCUUCCUUCAAGUUGGAGGUUUUCUGCCUGUAGAAACCCCUUUCUCCUCUCUCCAUAGGGGAAGGUAAUGAAUGACAUCCCUGUCCUUGGUGCUUAAUGAACAGAGAGCCUGUUAGCAUCUAGCAUCCUUCAGAGACAUCCACCCACGGUGUACAAUAUCCCUGUCAUUCUUAAUUGCACUUUGGUUGUCUUUGGUGGUGAUGGUGGUAUGUGUGGGAGAGGAGAUAUGCCACCUUGUAACCUGGUUAAGAAUGGUCCUAGUUGAAAGCUGAAUGUCUCAGAAGACCUCCUGGAAGCAUUGAUGUCAGUUCUUCCAUUUAAGGGAAGAUAAGUAUUUGCAGGGGUAGAGUUAGGGUGUUGUAUGGGCCAGGGAUGGACAUAUAAGAAUAUUCAGAAGUUCAAACCCAGAACAGACCAUAAACUUCAAAUACAUGGUGGACAGAGGAAGCACUGGAACCCUAAUUCCAAAAGAUCUAAUUUUUGUUAAUGUCCUAGAUCACUCUUAAAGCAGCAUAGCUUAUCUGUAUUAUAAAUGGAGAAAAUAAAACACCAUUGUGACCUGUUUUGCACAUAACACUAACCUAUGGAUUUUUGCCCUACCGAGGGAUUGUCUGGCGGACAAUUGAACAAGCUGCUUUUGCCUGACACUUCUGUAGCUUGGUGAAACAACUCACGAACAACCAACUCAAAGGUUCAUAACCAAAUAACAAACUGGAGGUUGUGUCUCUGGUUCAACAAACCAUUAUGCAACUAGGUUCACACAUUAUGACAUCCCAGAAUCCAUUGAUUCAUGGAUUAAAAGGAUCAAGAGUUAGUGUUAUAUGUCAAUCAGGUCAGUAACAAAUUAAUCUGCUGGGUUACAUUGGAAUAGAGAAAGCUGCUCUUUGCAAGUCAGUCCAAUUGUUCAUGUAGCUCAAUACUGCAUAACAAGUUCUUCGUCGUGGCCUCUGUGCAUCACAC